CUAACCGCUCACACAUAUCGUGCGUCUUCUCUCUCCCGCACCAUCCUUCGCUCCCCCGCACCCGCUGCUCAUCCCCGCCGUCCCUUCUCGCCAGCAGCCCCGCCGCGCUCCUUCACUCCACCACCCGCUCGGCCCCGCCGCCCCUUCACUCCUGCGCAUGGACGGGGGAAGCCACACGCACGCCCGCACCAGAGACCGGGCGGCGGAGGCCGCACCCGACGGGGAGGCCGGACGGCGGAGGUCGCACGCACCUGAGGCCGGACAGCGACGACGGAGGCUGCACGCACCCGACAGGGAGGCCGGAUGGGGACGGCGGGAGGCCGCACGCGUCAGACGGGGAGGCCAGAAGGCGACGGCGCAAGGAGGCGGCACGCACCGGACGGGGAGGCUGGAAGGCGACGGCGCGCGGAGGUCGCACGCACCCGACGACGACGGCGGAGGUCGAUUUGGAUUAUCCGCUGGAUUGGAUCAAACUGUGAAUUCUCAUGUUGAGACAAUGAUGUUGACUGAUGCACCUCUUCUAUAUACUCCUGGACAGGUUAACCAACUUCAUCUACCUGGUAUGAAAGAAAUGAGGCAUGCUAAUCGCAAGUUGAAGCAUUGUUUGGAUCCAAGCUCUCACGAUGAGCACAAGAAGUACCCCCUCUUUUGCAGUAUUGAUAAAAACCAAUUUUACUACGGUGUCAUCAUCAUCACUCGAAGAAAACCACCCAGUCUGAUUAUUUCCAUGUUACUCUGUUAGAGCUCACUGUUGAUGGAUUGGUUGGAACUGCAACAGAGCGAUCGAGGCCAGUGAAUUGGAUUCUAUAGUCGAGGGGAGCUCUGUAGAUUGUAACACGUCAUUUUUUCCUGCGUGAAGGUGAGCUAAUUCAACUCUCCAAAAGCAAGAUCAUUCUGUUUAUAAACAAUUUGUUAAAUUCUUAGAUUAAGCCCAGGUCCUACCAAUUCAUCCAAAAGAACCAACGACCCAGAUCCUAUGUACCAUUAUUUCCAAACAUGAUUGAGUACACUGGUUAAUAGAUUGACAUUUUUUUGUUACCCUGAACAGUAAGGCAUGGCCCUACUAUAAAUUUUUGUUGCGCCAAGAAAACAAAAGGGUUACAAAGAAAUAGAAAUGCAUAUAUUGUGGAUUGAUGACUAAACAAGUUUGCACGCAAAUCCCUGAAAAUAUGGUAAAGCCUUUGGUUGAGAGUUAAGAACUAUUCCUAUGUUGCUCUGGAAACGAAUGUAAUAUCUGAAUGCUUGCUUAAUUUAGGUAUAUAUAUGUAAGAGCUAAAACUGAUCCAUACUCUUUCUAAGAUCAGAUUUGGGCAUAUAAAUGGCUCUCGGUUAUACAUAAAAUUAGAAAUGGAUGUUCUGUAGGAGCCUAUGUUUAGGAUGAGGGUACAAUUUUACCAAAUUAUAUAUACCGAGGCAAGCAGACCGAUGCCGUCGCCCCGUCUCGCAGCCGCCACCGCUCCCUGGGCCUACUCCAUGCGGGUUCCAUAUCAUGGACUAAUGCCGCUGCGACGCCUGGCCCGAUUAGGCAAUAUAUGUUAUUUUUUGUUUAAAUCCUAUAGGAAUUGCAAGUUUGCAGCCACAUGUUGACAUCUUGAUUCAACCCAUGAUACUUUCUUCGAUGUCUAUUUCUUUUUGUAAUGCAACUUUUCGCCCUGCAUAAAUGGCUAUUAGGAGAGCACGAUGUCAGCUGCACCGACGCUCAUGCCGAUGUAACUGAAUGUGCAAAUUGUUUCUUCAACAAAAAGCUGCAAUGUGAUUUGAAAGUACCAGUUUAUACACCGGAGGAUCUUGAAUUGAUGCAUAUAUUGGCUCAUAAAGUAACUAGGCUCUGAAUUGCGGAAUGAGGAUACGUGUGCUUAUGGUUGUGUGUUAGUCUCUCUACUCACUCACCUAAAUAUGAAAAGGUACUGAAGUACAUCCGAAUUUUUUAUCCCAGUGCAUCAGAAUUAUUCCUUUGCUGCAGGGUUUCUGCUGCUAUUGUUAAAUCUUAAAGAAACAUUUGUUCCUGGUUUAGAUGUUUACAAGUUCCCUUUUUCAAACAUGGAAAUGAUUUAUUUGCAAACUUCAAUGCAAAAUGGUUAGUCUUGAAACUGCAUCUAUAUAUACUUUCCAGCCGUGCUAUUGAUGCCGCAUCCAGAUUAUUGGUAUCUUCUCUUUUUCUUUUCUUGGGAGAGGUAACAACCAAGGUUUCACUCAAGCAUCGAGCAAAUGCAGUUCUAAUGUUUGUUUCUUCUAAUUCUAAGCCUGAGUGAGGACUUUAACUAUCCAUGGAAUAUUUCUCCUCUUAUAUCUAAAAAACUAAUAUAUGGAACGAGAAAAAUUAGAUUUACUGGAUUUUAUCGAAUUCUAUUUGGUGCAUAAUUUAUUGCAUAUUAGACGUAAUGAUGCCGAUCUAUUAUAUUUAUUAGGUGGGUGGACCAUGUACCCUAUACAGUAUUUUUCAACUAGGUUAGAAUUUGACAUUUCUGUCUUGCGAGCUUUAGAGAAGGAUUGAUCUGAUUAUCCAUUGAUGUUCUAGAGUUUAGUUUGUUGGUUGCUUCAGUUACGGUGCUUUUAUUUGGAAUAAGAAUGACUUCAGGUGCUUAAUGGUGUAUGCUAGGGCCAAACAUUAGUUUCAGCUUCUGCAUAAGAGAUACGAUCAGACUAUUAUUAGUGAGCUUGUAUUCUUUUACGGAGUGCAUAUCAAUCAAAAACAUAAAUUGUACAUGCAAGAUUAAUAAAAUUGUGAAUUUUAUAUGAAAGACAUGCAUUGCACUUCUUUUUCUUGGGCACACCAACAUAUCAAUAUUAUGCUUAAACUGUGGUUUAGUAUGACAUAGAACUACCCUUAUGUGCAAACAGUCUUUCCUGUGUCGAACAGUGCUGCCACUUCAGUUAAGCCAGAUGACGGUUUGGUCGGCAUGUGAAAUGCAAGUACAUAAAUAAUUUCUUUCUUGGAAGAUGUCAUAUGUACGUAUUUCAAGAAGACAAAUUUUUCAUCGCUAUCACACCGGCAAAACCUAUGAAGACACCUCUAUAUAAUUUUUGACUCCUUUUGAUCUUUGGAAACAUGUGUUUUGUGUUACCAUGUCCCCUUUAAAAAAUGGUUACAUCAGAAAUCAAUCAGUUUCAUUAGUCUACACGUCUAUUGUUUUACAAGGUUUCUUCUAUGCUGUUCCGACCAUUGGAAUUUUCAAAGACCAGCGCCGCAAGAACAUGUCACUGGUGGCUCAAGAUACAAGGCCCAGCUGGAAGAGACAUCUUCCCAAGGUGUGCUCGCAAGUCCAGGGCGAUUACAUACGCGGCGAAUGCAGAUGCAUAUGGUAAAGCUCCGUGUCGACGUGACGAACAAGCACCAGUUGGGAGCCCAGAUGAAGAAGGCUGCCGAUGGGAGAAAGAGGAGAAGCGAUGAGAUGUUUAUGGCAGCUUAUGGAUGAUGUUAUCUUAGUUUGUGGAUUCUGUUUUGGUCGACUCAGACAUCUUGUUUCGUGUCUGAAGAUCCCUUUUUGCCCACUGUUCAAACCAUCAUAAAUUGUCAAACAAUGCACUUCAAAUAACUAAGUUAGGAAUCGCACGAAUAUUUUACAAAA